CUCACUGCACACACUUCAUCCCAAGUUAUUCCUGACAUCCAAAUGUGUUUCUCACAAUGGCAGAUAUACUGAAGAAGGUGACGAAUGUCGAGACAAAGUUCGGUCUCACCACGGGCCGAUCCCUGUGGCGCACGGCCAUUUUCAGGCGUUUUAGACUUUGUGCCUAUCGCUGUACGGACGGAUGAAAACAUACCUCCGUAAUCAUCCAAGGAUCGUCUUUCUGUCUCCCCAAUGACUUCGAUAAGUUUUGUUUAUGUUUUCACUUUCUGUUUAUAGUCCUCUUCGUUUGUAUAUACCUACUUACUUAGCCUUUAUUCAAUCUUUUUCGUCUGCAGACCCUGCCGAGGUCGACCACCUCGAUCAACCCCCUCGAAUUUGCCCCUCCAUCCGCGAACUUGGCGAUUGCCUCGAAUACGAAAUCAAAUACCCUCCUAACAAGCUUGCCAUGAUCUGGACAUUUGGCAUAUUUCCUCAGUCAUUCUCACAAUGGCCCUCCUCGGUCAGACAUGGACUUUAACCAGGAAGAAUGUCCUCAUCACGCUCAAUCGACAUGCAUUCGCCACCAGUCUUCGAGCUUGGUUUUUGCCAAUCGGAUUCAUGAUCUUCCUCAGCUAUGCUAGAAAUCUAUUCGUCCCUCCCUCAAAUUACGGCAUUGGCUCCCCCCAUCAGAUUCGCACAUUGGAAGAAGGACUAGCUGCUUCGGGCGGUGGGAGAGAUACAAUGGCAUUCGUCAACAGUGGCUUUGCUGGAGGAGAUAUCGAUCGUGUCAUCAAUACCUUGGCUGAGUCUGCGAACGGAAAGAAAGUGGUACGCCUUUCAGACGAGUCCCAGCUGUUGGAUACAUGCAGAAGCUCUCUUCGAGGGUCAACUCCUUGUUAUGGCGCGAUUGUUUUCAUAUCUUCGCCCACAGAGGGAAGUGGAGGGCUGUGGAACUACACUCUUCGAGCAGAUGGUUCGUUUGGCACGAAGAUUGACGUGAACAAAGAUACCAACGAUGCCGAAAUAUACCUCCUUCCUCUUCAACGAGCCGUCGAUUAUGCCAUUGCAGGUCUCAACACAACAAUCGACGAGGCUGCAAUUCCUACCUCUGUUCUCGAAUAUCCAUAUACGAGCAUCACGCAAGCACAAAGAAACACAAAUAUUCGAGUCAACUACAUGGGUGCCAUAAUCAAUAUUCUUGGGGUUGCAUUUCUCAUUGGAAUGGUUGGAAUAUGCUACCAUUUGACUGGCUUCAUAGCCUCAGAACGAGAACUGGGCAUGUCUCAGCUCAUUGAGGCCAUGAUGCCAAAUCUCCGAAGAUGGCAGCCCCAGGUAGCCAGGAUUCUAUCAUAUCAUCUUGCUUUUGACAUGAUAUAUGCUCCUGGGUGGAUCAUCAUGGGCGUCGUCCUCGGUGUGGGUGUAUUUGCUGCCACAUCAAUGGCAAUUGUAAUCAUCUACCACCUGCUCGCUGGAUUAUCUCUUGCAUCCUUCUCUAUCCUUGGUGCCUCUUUUUUCAAGAAAGCUCAGCUCAGUGGCAUUACGUUGGCCUUGGUGACUUUGCUCCUCGGAGUCGUCUCCCAAGUCAUCAAGAUUGGUGACUCGGGGACUGUGGCUGUGUUGUCACUGCUUUUCGUACCUUGUAAUUAUGUCUUCUUUAUCAUCUUCAUGGCUAGGUACGAACGCCAAAAGUUGGCUACAGAUCUAAUCAGAGCUGCCCCGGACAAUCCAUGGCGAUUACCCGGGAUCGUACUGUGGGUCUUUCUCAUACUUCAGAUCUUCGUCUAUCCACUCCUUGGAGCUUUAGUGGAGAGAUAUCUCUAUGGUACUGCUUCAAGUGGCAGAUCUGUUGUGGGAAACCUUGGAGUUACGAAUUCAUCCGAAACAGUCAAGCUUCAGAACUUCACCAAGCAUUACCAACCAAAUUGGUUUCGUCGUCGAUUCGCUUGGAUGACCAAGACUCCUAAGGCCACUGUGGUCGCUGUCAAUGAUCUCACACUCGGUGCGAGAAAGGGUCAAAUCUGUGUUCUUCUAGGAAGCAAUGGUUCAGGGAAAUCUACAACCCUAGAUGCAAUUGCGGGGCUGAAUACCGUCACGAGUGGGACGAUCACGGUCGACGGCACGGGCGGUCUUGGUAUCGCUCCGCAGAAGAAUGUGCUCUGGGAUGAACUGACUGUCGAAGAGCACAUUCGUAUCUUCAAUCGUCUGAAAUCUACUGGACAAAUGGAUACAAAGGAGACUCUCCGAUCUCUCAUCACAGCAAUUGAUCUAGACAGAAAGAUCAACGCCCGAGCCAAGACUCUUUCUGGCGGUCAGAAGCGGAAAUUACAGCUCGGAAUGAUGUUCACAGGAGGUAGUGCUGUCUGCUGUGUUGAUGAAGUGAGCAGUGGACUCGAUCCUCUAAGUCGUCGCAAGAUCUGGGACAUUCUUCUUGCUGAGAGGGGUGCUCGAACAAUCAUCCUCACUACUCACUUUCUGGAUGAAGCAGAUCUUCUUGCCGACCAGAUUGCAAUCUUAUCGAAAGGUACUCUUCGAGCCCAAGGAUCGUCAGUUGAGCUCAAGAACAGAUUGGGUGGCGGCUACGGAAUCCAUCUCCAAACUGGCCCAGGCCACGAAAAUGUUCCAGACAUUGAAGGAGUUACAAGGCAUGUUACUUUCGGACAGACAAUGUACAGUGCCACGACAUCCAUUCAGGCUGCACAGAUUAUUCGACGUCUGGAAGCAGAGAAUCUAACCGAUUACCAACUUUCCGGCCCCACGAUCGAAGAUGUAUUCCUCCAAUUGGCAGAUGAAGUUUGCCUUGAGGAUAGCAGCACAAGCACAGUCGACCGAGAGUCGCCAGUUUCAGAAAAGUCCGAGAAGCAAGUAGCAACAACAACAACUAUAGCAGGAUUGGAUUUACACACAGGACGACCUAUUGGAUUCUUCCGGCAAGCAUGGGUGCUUUUUAGAAAACGGUUCACUAUCCUUCGCCGAAAUUAUCUCCCUUACACGGCAGCUCUGCUUGUCCCAAUCAUAGCUGCGGGUCUUGUGACGUUGUUCUUGAAGAACUUUCAUGCUGUUGGGUGUGCACCUGCAGACGGCGUGUCUGUCUCGGACGUGGAGGCUCUUUACACUCAAGUUCAUUAUGAUCUCAUUGUCGGUCCAUCGUCUAGCUUCUCAAACGCAACACUUGAAAGCUUGUAUGCUCCAUUACUUCCAAUCGUUCCACCGCAAGCUACCAUUCAGCGCAAAUUGCAUAUGGUCGGUACAUUAACGGAUUUCAAUGAUUACAUCACCCGGAAUUUUGCCAACGUCACACCUGCAGGCUUCUUUCUUGAUGGAGCACAAACCACAUUGGCUUAUCAAGGCAAUGGAGAUAUAUACACUGCUGUGUUCGGACAAAACAUCAUGGAUGUUAUGCUCACCAAUAUCAGCAUUGGAACUCAAUACGCUUCAUUUGACAUACCAUGGGCACCAGGAACUGGAAAAGCAUUGCAGCUUGUCGUGUAUUUUGGACUGGCUAUGGCUGCAUACCCUGGAUUCUUCUCCCUGUAUCCUACUGUCGAGAGAACAAGGAAUAUCCGUGGACUUGAGUAUUCAAACGGCGUUCGAAUUCUUCCGCUCUGGUUAGCAUACUUAUCGUUUGACUUUUUGAUCGUGGUAGUCUCAAGCGCUCUUUGCACUGCCAUUUUCGCUGCGGCUUCCUCCGCGUGGUACCACGUGGGCUACUUAUUCUUAAUAUUCAUGCUCUUUGGGAUGGCAUCCAUCUUGCUGUCAUAUGUUGUGUCGCUUUUUGCCAAGACUCAACUUUCAGCCUAUGCUUUUGCAGCAGCUGGUCAAGCUGUCAUGUUCUUAAUUUACCUCAUCGGCUACUUGUGCACAUUGACUUACGCUCCCGUGAAUAAGAUAGAUUCGUAUUUAAUCAUUGUUCACUUCACCAUCUCACUCGUCACACCCAUGGGAAGCCUCAUCCGAUCUCUCUUCCUGGCUUUGAAUAUCUUUUCGACGACCUGCUCUGGCAAGGAGAUUGCGCCAUAUCCUGGUGGGAUCCUGCAAUAUGGUGGUCCGAUCCUCUAUCUUAUCAUUCAAGUCUUCGUCCUCUUCGCCAUUCUCCUGUGGUACGACUCUGGUUCUGUUCUAGCCUGGUAUCGUCGAAUCAGAAAGAUCGCCCCAAUCAAUGAACAAGCUCUUGUAGUCGACGAGGAAGUAGCAGAAGAGCUUCUCCGAGUCACUAGCUCCAACGAUGGACUGCGAGUUCUUCACCUUACGAAGAUUUUUGGGCACGUUCUUGCUGUGGAUAAUCUGACAUUUGGUAUCAAGCGCGGGGAGGUGUUUGCUUUAUUAGGGCCCAAUGGAGCAGGAAAGUCAACGACCAUUUCUUUGAUCAGAGGAGACAUUCAACCUUCCAAGAAUGGUGGGAGCAUCUUCGUCGAAAAUAUCGACAUUUCUCGCCAUCGAGCCCAAGCACGUUCUCACCUCGGAGUCUGUCCUCAGUAUGAUGCUAUGGAUCAGAUGACAGUUGUGGAGCACUUGCGCUUCUAUGCUCGUGUUCGUGGGGUUUCAGAUAUUGAGCAUAAUGUUCGAGAAGUUAUCAAAGCUGUCGGGUUACAGGCUUUUUCCUCUCGAAUGGCCGCAAAGCUAUCUGGCGGCAAUAAACGCAAAUUGUCUCUUGGAAUAGCUCUCAUCGGAAACCCCACCGUACUACUUCUCGAUGAGCCAAGUUCCGGCAUGGAUGCUGCUGCCAAGAGAGUUAUGUGGAAAACACUUGCUGCCAUUGUACCAGGACGAAGCCUGUUGUUGACCACGCACAGCAUGGAAGAGGCAGAUGCGCUAGCAGAUCGUGCCGGCAUAAUGGCGAAAAGGAUGUUGGCUCUGGGCACGAGUGACUAUCUAAGGAAGAAACACGGCAACGCCUACUAUGUUCAUCUGGUGAUGAAAUCGGCUCCUCACACAACAGAAACGGAGAUCCAGGCCAUUCGCAGCUGGGUUUUGAAAGAGUUUCCUGGGGCAGUCAUUGAAGACAAGACGUAUCACGGACAAAUUCGCUUUUCGGUUCCAGCUCAAGAGGACGAGAAUAAAGUGAAGGUGAUUGAGGUCACCGAGGAUGUGAUUACAGGAGGGAAGGAGAUCAAAGGUCCUGAUGGAGUUGGGUCAUUGAUCAUGAUUCUUGAAGAUUACAGAGAGAAACUUGGACUCGAACAUUACUCUGUCAGUCCCACAACACUAGAUCAGGUCUUUCUGUCCAUUGUGCAGAAGCAUGAUGUCGAAGAGGAAGGAUACUCGAGGCCGAAGGGAGACAACCAUUGGUUGAAAGAUUUCAGAAAUUUCAUGAAACGAUGAAGGGAAUUGUAUUUAUGUGAGGUACAUGUGAUAAUGUUUAUCCUUUGCAGCUAGAUGUGGUAAUGACGACAUCCGAGCCUUUGAGCUCUCUUAUAUAUGUCCAACAUGCAAGAUUCAGGGUAUGUAGAUGGCAAUGAGAAGCCGUUCACUGGCUAUAGGACGAGAGCGCAAAGUGGUUGAGACUUGAUCAGCACCUAGCUCUAUGUGGUUUACAUUGAAAAUGAACCGUGCA